AUGUUCACGAUCUCGGGACAUGUCGUAGACUACAAUUCAUUGUGGGGUCAGCGGCGCACCAGAAAGGGCCCGCGUACGCUCCUUCCCUCAGCGGGCCUGAGGAGCGCUCUGGCGCUGUUCGAGCGAUCGUCUCACUCGUGGCGACGAGGGCGGCUUGUGGCUGUUGCAGAUGCUGCCGGAGAGAGCUUGCAUCCCAGCCAGCUCGAACGCACUGCUCGUUCGGGACGAAUGGAAGCGGUGGAGCGCUUGCGUCUCCUGCUUCAAACGCCGAAACUGCAUCUUAUGCCUUGCUGCUUCGAUGGGCUCUCUGCGAAAAUGAUCUGCUCUGCAGCAUUUCCGCUGAGUUUCAUGACCGGAUUCGGGGUCGCUGCGAGCUUUGGGCUUCCAGACACAGGCUUGCUGUCCUUUGGUGAGAUUCGCGACCGCGCGGCCUCCAUCAUGGAAGUGCUCCCCGCAAGCUAUCCAGUCAUUGGCGACGGCGACACUGGUUACGGAAACCCGGUGAGCGUCAAGCGUACCGUUAGAGGAUUCGCUCUGGCCGGUCUGGCUGGUAUCCUGAUUGAAGAUCAAGUCAAUCCGAAGCGCUGUGGACACACGCGCGGCAAAGCCGUGGUUGAACGCAGCGAGGCGGUGCAGCGCUGGCGGGCAGCCAUCGAUGCUCGCAACGAGUUCGAGGACAUCGUCAUUGUCGCGCGUACCGAUGCGAUAGCCACCCACGGACUCGAUGAGGCUCUCUGGCGACUAGACAAGGCUCUGGAGCUUGGCGCCGACGUGCUUUUUUUAGAGGCACCGCGCUCCGUGGCAGAUAUGGAGCGCUUCACGAAAACGUUCGCCGGUGUUCCCAUGUUGGCGAAUAUGCUGGAGAAUGGGAUGACCCCGAUGCUCCCAGCGAAAACGCUCGAAAGCAUGGGUUAUCGAAUCGCUGCUUAUCCGCUGACGCUCCUGGCGGCUUCCAUGAAAGCCAUGCAAGCUGCCUUGUCAGCGUUGCAGUCCGGGAAUCCCGAGAAAGUCGCUCCGCAUCUGAUGGAUUUCGAACAGGUUCGGGAUAUUGUCGGUUUUCCGUGGUACGACACGGAAGCCGCACGCUAUCGCACCGAUCCAGCUGACUAG